CAAACUUGGCGUCCUCUCAAAAAAAAAUUCCAAACUUGGCAAAGCCAAGGGAGUCUGUUUUCAUCACAGCGACACAGCCUUUCUGUGCUUCUGAUUCCUCCCGUCAGACGCCAAAGGAAGCAGACUCAAAAAUGGUACGCUCUGAAAUUUCAGUGUACUCCUAGAGGGCUACACGCUUACCACACCUACUCUCUCGAGCUAACCUAAGGCAGAGCCAUGGCAGCAGCACUGGAAUGCUGGUCCAGCCGAGCCGGUACAGACGAGGAUAUGGUGGAGCAAGUUCUCAUGAGAACCAAUGACAGAUCGGAAGGUACACAUGAACACGCUUCCUCUUCAUUGGCCGACAAUUGCGGCGGAGGCGCUGGAGGUCUCAAAGAGUCUUCAGCGAUGCAGAAACGUUUUCAGAAGCUGUCGAGGAACGUUUCUGAAGCCAUUGCCUCACUGAAGAACUCGUUUAACCUCGACUCUGUUCGUGAAUCGACCUCCUCGUCUCCCACCGGCCGCAAUGAAAGCUGCCGGAAGCACUUCUGGGCCGGCGUUGUACGGAGCCUGACUCAACUCUACCCCGGUAGUCAACUUCCUGAGAAGCUCGUUUCCAACAUCCGCAAGCAUUACGAUUCACUACCUCUCAGUUAUGCCCAAGCUGAGUUUGAAAUGAAGGAUGUAUUUCUACACAUCAAAUUGAUAGAACAAGCAUCAACGGAGGACCACCCAGCAAUAUUGAUACAAGAGGCAUCAGAAGACGAAGGUGUUCCCUGUUCAGUAUUUAAGCUCACCUUUGCUUGUAAAUCUUCUAUUUCUUGGCCAGCGAUGUCUUGGGCUCUUGACAGUGCCUCGAUUUCAUGUAAAAAGAUACAGAUCUUCGAGAAGAAAGGGCUCACAUUAGGGGUUGUUUUUCUUCUGGUUCAGCAAUCUGCUGAGGAGAUGAUUUUCAGAACCAGGAUAGAAAAUGCUCUUAAGUUGGCUUUCAAGAAGCCAAAAACCAUGAUGCUCCCUUUCGGGCUCUGUGGGUGCCAAGAACAGAACACUCCUGGGAGAGAGUUUGGGGAUAUUGAAGAUGAUGGCAGAACUGGGGCCCACAAUUCGAGCCCGAAUGCUGUGCUGCAAAUGCCUUUACACAGUUCUUCAUUCAUAGUUUCAGUAGAUGAAUGGCAGACUGUGCAAUCUGGUGGGGAUGAGAUUGAGAAGUGGUUGUUAAGCUCAGAUAUGCUUGAAUUUACUGAGCAAAUAGGACUUUAUACCUUCAAAGGUAUAUACAAGGGGAAAAAAGUCGGGAUUGAGAAGCUCAAAGGGUGUGAAAAGGGGAACUCAUAUGAGUUUGAGCUUAAAGGAGAUUUGCUGGAGUUGAUGACUUGUGAACAUAAGAGUAUAUUGCAUUUUCAUGGGGUUUGCAUUGAUGAUAAUCAUGGAUUGUGUGUUGUCACUAAGCUAAUGGAAGGUGGGUCUAUUCAUGACUUUCUCUUAAAGAACAGAAAGCUGCAGACUAAAGAGAUUAUGAAGAUUGCAUGUGAUGUGGCUGAGGGACUUGCAUUCAUGAAUGAUCAUGGAGUUCCCUAUAGAGACCUAAAUACACAGAAGAUCAUGUUAGACAAAUCUGGGAAUGCUUGCCUUGGCGACAUGGGAAUAGUGGCUGCUUGCAAUAACACUGGUGAGGCUAUGGAUUAUGAAACUGAUGGCUAUAGGUGGCUAGCUCCUGAGAUCAUUGCAGGUGACCCUGAAAAUGUUACAGAAACAUGGAUGAGCAAUGUAUAUAGUUUUGGGAUGAUAUUAUGGGAAUUAGUGACGGGGGAGGAAGCAUAUUCCUCUUUUUCACCAGUGCAGGCUGCUGUAGGGAUAGCUGCUUGUGGCCUAAGACCAGAAAUCCCCAAGGACUGUCCCCAAAUUCUGAGAUCGUUGAUGACCAAGUGCUGGAACAAUUGCCCUUCUAAGCGUCCUCACUUCUCUGAAAUUUUAUCAACUCUGACCCAUCCUUGCAACAGUAACAACACCAAUACUACUAGGUAAUGAAAGCAUGUUUUCCAUCCUCUGUACAAAAAUAUACACUAUAAAGAAGAUCGUUGUUUUUCUUGUUAUGCCGGUGAAAUAAAAUUCUUCAUUGUAGCGGAAACAUUUCUUUGGUAUUAUAGCGAGAAAGAAAUAUAAACAUUUCAUCCAUAGAAAAUGGAAGAUUAUGCCUUCAGGUUUUUAUACACAGAGAUUGAAUGAAUGAAAAAAGG